AUGUCUUCAAAUUUGUCCUUACUCACACACCUUCGCCCCCGCGUACUGGCGCGAACCCGACCGGGCGCAAUUCGCAGUUUCACCAUCCCUCAGCGUCUCCGCUCAGAUGCUUCCUCGGUAGCCUCGGCCUUCUUGUCGCGCUUCCAAUCUCUAGGGCCACAAACCCGCACGCAAACGAUAGAUGCAAACCAGCUCCAGCUUCUCACCCUCACCCUCAAUCGCCCGACUCUCUUCCCCGGUGCCCCCUCCCUAUCGAAUAGCGCUCCCGCUCCGCAAUCUGCAGUACCCGUGCCGCCGGGCUAUCACCUCGCGUAUUUCACACCCGCGUUCCUGGAAAGUGAACUUGGGGCGGAUGGAACCGAUGUGUCGUAUAAUCCCGACGUGCCUUUCACGCGGCGCAUGUGGGCCGGCGGCGAGGUGCUGUGGCCCCGUGUGGAUGGGAAACCCAAUCUGUUACGGGUAGGACAGCAGGUGCAGGAGACAACACGGGUACUUAGUGCGGAGGCCAAGGUUGUGAAAAAGACCGGCGAGGACAUGAUUGUUGUUGGAGUCGAGAAAGAAUUCGCCAACGAGCACGGCGUGUCAAUUAUUGACCGACGCAAUUGGGUGUUCCGCAAAGCUCUACCUGUUCCAUCUGCGUCAACGUCAUCCAGCGCUCUUCCGUCCCCAACGUCCCAUAUUGCGACCCCAAAUCCUACCUCGUUCGCCAUUUCCACCGAGGGCAACGCCCAUACGCGAACACUGGUGCAAACGCCGGUGUCCCUUUUCCGCUUCUCUGCUCUGACUUUCAACCCUCAUAAGAUCCACUACUCACUGCCCUGGGCGCGGGAUGUAGAAGGACACAAGGAUAUUGUAGUACAUGGUCCAUUGAAUCUGAUCUGCAUUCUUGAUCUCUGGCGUGACACGCGCCAGAAUGUCACCGAUUCUACCUUGGUUGUUCCUGAGCGCAUCUCUUACCGGGCAACGAGUCCAUUAUAUGCCGGGGAUGAGUAUCGGAUUGUGCUUGAGGACGGCGAGGGAACAGAGGUGCAGAUUAUUGGGCCCGGGGGAGUAGUGGCCAUGAAGGCUGAGAUCCACUAA